ACCGGCCCAGGUCCACCCUCCUUCUUUCACGGGGCCCACUGGAACGCUCAGGACCUGACGGAUUUAAGAGGCUGCAGCGAAUCUCUUCGGACAAAACUAAACUAAGAGGGCCUGAGGUUCUUCCCCAGUAACUGUGGCAUACUUGAAAACUUGAAAUUUGCAACCAAGAGUUGCAGCCGAACGCCUAGAGGACGAGAAUGGGAGAAAAGAGGUCGUUGGAAGCUGCACUACCCAAAGUGGAAGCCGGGCCGGGAACGGAGGACUCCGGCAGAGCCUCGGCAGUAGGUCGGGUCGUGUAGCCCCGUACCGCUCGCAGAACAGGCUCCCGGUGCGACCAGGACAACCAGGCGCGCACUUGCGCGUGCGCAAAAAGCCCAGCCUCCUCAGCCUUCUUCAGGUGCGCUCGCGCUUCCGGCUGGGUUCUACACUCUCUUUCCAGGGCGGAAACUCCAGGGGCCGCGCAUGCGCUCUCUAGCUCUCCGGCUUAGUCGGGAGAGGAGGCCCACGGCUGCAGGUGAUCCCGCCCCUCCCUCGCAAGGCAGGACCAAUCGUGCGGCGACGGGCGGGAUUUUCGAGAAGGCAGCCCGCCCAUUCGCCGCGCGAGGCGCAUAUUGAUUGGUUGGCGCUGCAGGCGCAGGUGCGCGCUUCCUAUUGGGUGUGGGCGGUGCGUAAGCCUACGAGGAUUCCUCGGAGGUUGCAGGUGAGCGCGCGCACGCGCCGCGGCUCUAGCUACGGCUCGGGUACGUGCGCGCGGGCUCGCAGCGGAGGCGCCUGAGAGCGAAGCUGCGGCGCCGUCUGCUGCGCUCCGCCCCCCACUCCACCUCCCCCAUCACCGCCAUCGCCUGGGCUGCGGAGGCAGGGAGGGGGGAGUCGCGUCUCCGACCGCCGCGCUGCCAGUCCGACCGUGGAUUCUGCCGCGUGAAGAGCCAGCUGAGCGGAGCUCCGCGCGGAGGCCCGAGCGGCGGCCGCCCCCUUGCAGGUGUCUGUGAGGAGGCUGCCGGGCCGCAGCCGCGUUCCGAACCCGCCGGCCGCGCACUCGCUCCCCGCGCUCCUGAAGGGCGGCUCGGCCGGAGGAGGCCGCCGCGGGGCCCGGCUCUCAGCAUGAACCGCAGCCACCGGCACGGGGCGGGCAGCGGCUGUCUGGGCACCAUGGAGGUGAAGAGCAAGUUUGGAGCUGAAUUUCGUCGAUUUUCGCUGGAAAGAUCAAAACCUGGAAAAUUUGAUGAGUUUUAUGGAUUGCUGCAGCAUGUUCAUAAGAUACCCAAUGUUGACGUUUUAAUAGGCUAUGCAGACAUCCAUGGAGACUUACUACCUAUAAAUAAUGAUGAUAAUUAUCACAAAGCUGUUUCAACAGCCAAUCCACUGCUUAGGAUUUUUAUACAAAAGAAGGAAGAAGCAGACUACAGUGCCUUUGGUACAGACACACUAAUAAAGAAGAAGAAUGUUUUAACCAAUGUAUUGCGUCCUGACAACCAUAGAAAAAAGCCACAUAUAGUCAUUAGUAUGCCACAAGACUUCAGACCGGUGUCUUCUAUUAUAGAUGUGGAUAUUCUCCCAGAAACACAUCGUAGGGUUCGUCUUUACAAAUAUGGCACAGAGAAACCCCUAGGAUUCUACAUCCGGGAUGGCUCCAGUGUAAGGGUAACACCACAUGGCUUAGAGAAGGUCCCAGGGAUCUUUAUAUCCAGGCUGGUCCCAGGAGGUCUGGCUCAAAGCACAGGACUAUUAGCUGUUAAUGAUGAAGUCUUAGAAGUUAACGGCAUAGAAGUUUCAGGGAAGAGUCUUGAUCAAGUAACAGACAUGAUGAUUGCAAACAGUCGCAACCUCAUCAUAACAGUGAGACCAGCAAACCAGAGAAAUAACAUCGUUAGGAACAGUCGGACUUCUGGCAGCUCUGGCCAGUCUCUUGACAAUAGCCUUCUUGGCUAUCCACAGCAGAUGGAACCAAACUUUGAGCCAGAGGAUGAGGACAGUGAGGAAGAUGACAUUGUUAUUGAAGACAAUGGAGUGCCACAACAGAUUCCCAAAGCUGUUCCUACUACUGAGAACCUGGAAUCAACACAAAUAGAACUCAGUUUUGAUUCUGGACCGAAUGGUUUUAUUCCUUCUAAUGAAGUGAACUUGGCAUCGAUAGCAAGUGGCACAAACACAGAAUUUGAAACAUGUGCUUCAGAUCAAAAACUCUUAGAAGAAGAUGGAACAAUCAUAACAUUAUGAAACCACUCGCUGAAUGUGUUGUGAGUGAGAAUGCCAUGGGGGCUUGUAAAUUUGGCUAGUUUAAAGCAUAUAUACCUCUGAACCUGGAACCUGGAAUAGGCAUGAAGAAAAAAAUAUUGCAAGCUUGCAAUGUUAUUAAAACAAUAGUUUGAUAAUUGCUAAUGUAAUCGUUGGUGGAUCAGAGGUAAACUUAAGUUUAAAACAAAGGGGCCUUUGCUAAUGAAAUUAUGUGCUUUUGCUAUUCUGUCUAUGGAAAAUGGGAUGUUAGAGCACACUUUCAGAAUUAUGUGAGAGGACUAGAUCAUUUCUGUUUGAAGUGGUUGCAUAUUUAACCUGCUGUGCAGAGCCCAGUUAAUUUUUCCUUUAACUAUUUUUUUAAAGUUCUAAUGUGAAGAAGUCUGAAUGUAUCUUUUCUGGUACCUUGGGGACCUCAGCUCUUAUGUUCCCAGUAUUUUAUUUUAAUUUCUUAAUGUUUCACUGUUGUUAAUUGUAACAAAUUAUUUUCUGCAAUGCAUUUGUUUUUAAUUUCUAAGAAAUCAAACCAAUUGUUUUUAAAAUUAGAUCCCACAUUAUAAAGCAUUGAAGCUAUGUUCUUGAUUUAUGAAGCUCUAUAACAUUUGUUCAAGUUGGUGUUUGUCCAUCCUGUAGCUUAAAAUUUACAAACUAAUUCCUCAUAGGUAUAAUUUAUAUUUUAAAAGGCAAUUCCAUUGACUCGGAUAAUGUGGGAGACUCUCUCGUUUAACCUAGUCUUGUCCUUAUUCCCAAACUCACUGGAAAACAUUCCUUUUGUUUGUGUGCGUGUGUGUGUGUUUUGUUGGUGUGUUUUUAUAUUCUUUUAAUGUAUUCAAGUCAUGUGAAUUGUUUUGGAUAAAAAAAAGCACCCAAACUAAGAGAAUUUUACACACAGGACAAACUUGUGCACUUUUUUUAUACAAAACAUUUGGGUUGUUUUCAAUGGGAUUUCUAGGAACUCGGCCUCCACUUUAUGAGAAAUAUGUGGUAUUCACCUUUGAGAGGUAGAGUUUAUCACUAUUAAUUUUAUGAGGCUAUUUAUUACUUUCCAAUGCCUCCACUUAGAAAAAGUUAAGAGUAAGGCUGCUAACUUUCAUUCUUUGGUAUGUAUCAUUGUACAAUGUGCACAAGUACUACAGUAUACUUGUAAAUAGAACAGAAUAUUAUGACUACAUAAGUUCAUUCUGGCUUAUGGAUAUUUCUCCCAGAGUUAUUUAUUAAUUAAUUUUAUGGUAGGACUAGUAUGGAUACCUUAUAAUGAUCAUGUGCUGUUCAAGCAAUGAAGAAUCAAAUGACUCCGUUUUGAAGGAUAUUUCUAUAUGGUAAAAAUAUAUGAAGAAGUAAAGUCUUGAAGAUCACUUGAUUCAAAAUACAUUUAAAUGUAUCUUGUUCACAUUACCACUAAACAUAUUAAUCACUAAACUAUUAACUGAAUGCACAAUAUUAUGUAAUACAGUGUAGUUUUUGUUGAAUUCACUGAAGUUCUUCCAUUCAUAUACCACUUUUUAAUGGCAUUCCAGCUUUAACAUUCUGCGAGUCUUAUAAAUUUGACUCUGGAAUGGCAAAAUAACAUUAGUAUGUAGAAGGUUAAAUUUCAUUUAUAAUAUAAUUGGUGCAGGGGUUUCAACAUUUUAAGUAAAAAUACUUUCACAUACUACCUCUCUUUUUUUUUAAACAAAGUUUUAACAUAAAAGGUUUUCUUUUGAAAAAAAUACUUUAGGGCUUGACUUUUUGUACAAAUUUUAAUUGUAAAAUUCAAAUGUAUCUUGUAUGUAUUCAUGAAAAUGAAAAUCAAAGCUGCUAGUACUUUUAAUCUUCUAAGAGUAUGUCAGUGGAGUUUUCAAAUAGAUCUCUGUCACUUAAAUUAUUGGUGAAAUAAUUGAUCUAGACAUAUUGUAAAGCCAAUAGAUUUUGGUUAUACAAUAAAACAUAAAUUCGGUUAGUAGUCUGAAUCAAUUAUUUUAUGUGAACCUCAAUAACAAAAAUCUGUAUUCAGCAUAAAAUCUUAUAGUACUAAAUGUCAAGCCUAACUGUGAAUUUUAUUUUGUGUCUUAAGUAAAUUUAUGAUAAUGUUCUCAUGAGCUAUUGAUAAAAUAUAUGUACUUUUGUGAAUUACAAAUUUUCUAAUUAAAUUUUACAUGCUACAACAUGAUUUUUACAUGAAUGAUACUUUGUUUAAACUAUCAAAUGUCAGUAUUUUACUACAAUUUUAUUAUAAAAUGUGCAUUAUCACUAAAUGAACUUUGAUUUUAAAAAAUCAAAUUAGCUUUAGUUGUAUAUUCUUUUUUACAAAUAAAGAUAGACUUGUAUAAAGGCUACUUUCUUGUUUGAAAAUAUAUGGAAAUUUAGCCAACAAAUAUUUACCAGGCACCAUUAUAUAAAGUGGGUAGGGAGAAAAUUGCUAAGUUAUAACAAGCUUCUCUAAAUUUUUUUUUAAAGCAGUGUUACUGAGAUAUAUUCACAUACCAUACAAUCCAUCCAAAGUGUACAAUCAGUGGCUUUUAGUAUAAUCAGAGUUGUGCAUUCA